AUGGAGGACUCCGUGGAUAGAGUCGGCUCAGCGCGUUUUGUCACCAAGCUUGACUUGCUGAAGGGAUACUGGCAGGUUCCCGUGACACCUCGUGCUGCAGAAAUCUCUGCAUUUGUUACCCCUGACUCCUUCCUGCAGUACUCAGUUAUGCCUUUUGGGCUCCGUAACGCCCCAGGAAGUUUCCAACGCUUGAUGUGUAUAGUUUUAGCUGGUGUCCAGAAUUGUGAGGUGUACCUGGAUGAUAUAGUCCUUCAUUCGUCCACUUGGUCCAGUCACCUUGAGCUUAUUCACACUGUGUUUCACCGUCUGCAGGAUGCCUCUCUUACCUUGAACUUGGCCAAGUGCGAGUUUGGCAAAGCUACAGUUACCUACUUGGGCAAACAAGUAGGUCAAGGUCAAGUCCGUCCUGUAGAGGCCAAGAUCCAGGCCAUUGUUGAAUUUCCCAUUCCCAAGACUAAGCGUGAGGUGCGCCGGUUUUUGGGGAUGGCUGGCUACUAUCGUCUGAGUGGCUGGAGUGUGACCUACACCCCACAGAGCAUCUGUGCAUUGAAGGGCUCCUCAGUGGAGCUCCACAGCUAUUACACAUACCCUUGUGAUCAUACAGUCUCAAAGGCUUUCUGGUUUACCACAUCUGGCACAGGAAAUGAGGAUCUGAGAGAGGAUGUACACUAUCAGGGUCGUGUGAAUUAUACUGAAAAUAACAACAAUAGCCACACUCUGAGCAUAAGAAACCUGACCCUUACUGAUGCAAAAACAUACACCUUCAGUUUUGUAACUGACAAAGAGGGAGGAAAGUAUUCUGGUGGAAAUGUUGAACUCACAGUUACAGGAUUGCAAGUGCUGGUUAAUAAUCUAACAGUGAAGGAGGGAGACAAUGUGACACUGACCUGCAACACCACCUGCAGUCUGAGUACCAACUCCACCUACAUCUGGUACAGGAACUCACAGCCUCUGAGUAACUCACACACAACCAGCGGCAGCACCCUGCCCAUACCCUCAUUUAGCAGAGUGGAUAAUGGCAAUUACUCCUGUGCUGUAAGAGGACAUGAGGCUCACCCAUCACCACCUCUGUGUCUGAGUGGCUGGAGUGUGACCUACACCCCACAGAGCAUCUGUGCAUUGAAGGGCUCCUCAGUGGAACUCCACAGCUAUUACACAUACCCUUGUGAUCAUACAGUCACAAAGGCUUUCUGGUUUACCACAUCUGGCACAGGAAAGGAGGAUCUGAGAGAGGAUGUACACUAUCAGGGUCGUGUGAAUUAUACUGAAAAUAACAACAAUAGCCACACUCUGAGCAUAAGAAACCUGACCCUUGCUGACGCAAAAACAUACACCUUCAGUUUUUCUGAGUACCAACCCCACCCACAUCUGGUACAGGAACUCACAGCCUCUGAGUAA